AUGGCCUCGAAGACGAUCGUUCAUCUGGUGAUUGCCUGCGGCUUGUUCGCGAUCGCAGCCUCCCUCAGUCAGUAUCAGCGUUUCUCGGCGACAGGGAAUCAAUUGGAUCAUCAAGUCGCCCAGAGACAAUCGUCAGCCUCUUGCCCGGAGAGGAACGGUCGUUUCCCGAUCGGUAAUCAGUGCGACGCCUAUAUAGAGUGCAUCGACGGCGUCCCUGAAGAGAAACUCUGCCCCGAGGGUCUGCUCUUCAACCCCGAGGCGAGAUUUAAUUACCCGUGCGGCUACCCCAUUGACGUCAACUGCGAGGGCAGACCUAAUCGCCAACCUCCACAGCCAACAAACGACUGUCCCCACCAGUAUGGUUACUUCAAAGUCGGAGACUUUCAGAACUGCGGCCAAUUCAUGAACUGUGCUGACGGCAGGGGCUACGUUUUCGACUGUCCCGAGGGGUUGGCAUUUAACCCUGAAAGUUACAGGUGCGACUGGCCGGAUCAAGUUCCCGAUUGCGACGCAGAGGCCUUCCUCGGCUUCCGGUGCCCAGAAGUGAAGAGCGACGAUUUCUUCGGUGCUACACAGUUCUACCGUAGUGUGCACGAUUGUCAACGCUACUACGUUUGUGUAAACGGUCGCCCAAGACUGCAAAAUUGCGGCGAAGGAAACGCAUUCAACGAACUUAUCAACACCUGUGACGCGGCGGUAAACGUCACUGGAUGUGAGCCACCGGAAUCGUCGAUACUGGACAGGCAAGUGAGCAGACCUCUGUUUUGAAAGAAGAUUCCAAGAACGCCUGAUGCCAUAAUUGAUAAUGUAAA